CGAAGAAGAUCGAAAAUUGUUGAAUAAAACAGGCGAGAAAGAGAGGAAAGAUUUGCAAAAAAAAAGCUGAAACUAGGGGAAAGAGAAACGUCCUCCUCCGAAGAUACUCGAGGAAGAAAAUAUAGACGAUAUAUCGAGAAAGGGUGAAAGUAGGAGAAAGAAAAAGCGAGCGUGAGGUAGUUGAGAAGAAGCACGAAGAAGGGGCUCGUGUGGCUAUCUGCGUGUACGUGUGUGCGUGUGUGUACGGGGGAGAAUCGCAAGAGAGAGAAAGAGAGAGAACCGUGGUGACACACGAGAGAGAAAGAGAGAAAGAGAGAAAGAGAGAGAGAGAGAGGAAAUACAAGAGAGGAGAUACGAAAUCGAAAAGUUCGCAACUGUGGCUCGUGCUUAGGUAGGAUGCGUGUGCUUGGGUGCGGCGUCUCGCCACCACCCGACAAACGACAGUUUAGCAACGUCAAUAGCAUCCGUAAUACUAUCGCCCGCGGCAAACCCGGCGCCAGGAACGACAGUCCCGUGAGAACGUUUAUCGAGAGCGCGGAAUUUUACGCGAGAGGCAGCAGAGCGCUCGCCGGCCGCAUCGACGAGGAGGAGAAGAAUAAUAAUCGACGAUUUUUCGGGAGCUUGAAAAUUUGGCGCGACUGCACCACGCCGUCCGGACUUCUCACGAUCGCGGAGGAAGCUCGCCGAGGAGGAAGCUCGACCCGAUCCACGUGUUCGAUUACCGAAGAAAACUCGCGAGCACACGUUAGCGGUUUCGCGACUGGCGUCGUCUCGCAACCGAGAGGUGUAUCCAGCACGCAGUUCCCGGCGUACGAACGCGUCGACAAGAGAGAAUUCGGACUGUACGAACUCGAUGCGAAUUAAGUCCGCCCUUUCCCGCGUAUGGUAAUAUAUAAUUGCCGUUGGUUCCGGGCGUAGUGAAGGCGC